AUGACAAAGUUAAUAGUUGAUCCGGAUGCCUUGAAGUUAGAAUUCCCUCGUGCUUCGGAAUCGCGUAGUGUAAGAGUACGCUUGCUAGUUCAAGUAAUUGAGUAUGAUGAUGCAAAUGCUAAUUUAGUUGUCAGAAAAUUACCAAAUUUCCCAUCUACCUCAAUUUCACUCGAUGAUUUCAGUCUUGAACAAGAAUCAAGGUAUGUCAUCAAUGUAUUCGGCUUGUUAUCGAAUAUUAAUACCGAAAUAACUGACCCAGGCUGUAUUAUCAGCUUGGUUGGUUAUUAUAAUGGUGAUAAAAUACAUCCUAUAGAAUGUUAUCCAAUCUCAGCAAACAUCUUGAAUUCGAAACGUCAUGUUGAUCACCUCGUUGAAAUGACCAAGAUGAAACCAAUUGAUUAA